GGGCGGGGGCGGGCAACGCCUUAGCUGCAGUCCCGGCUGGCUCCGGAGCCCGGCGGCCUUGCCGGGGCAGAGUCCGCCGGGAGGGCCGGGCGGGGUCCGCAGGCCGCGGCCCGCCCCGCAGGGCGUCCAGGAGCGGGGCCUUGGCUAGCCCGUGUCCCGGACGCAGCCACGGCCGCCCCCGCGAGGCUGCAGCGUCUUUCCAGCCAGCCCACCUCGGACCCGAGCCUGGGGUCUUCUCCCUGAGGAGCGCCGUAUUCUAACGUAGGAACUGGUGAGAAGAAGGUGGUUGAAGCUGGAUUUCUGAGGAUGAAAACUCACGUAGGAUAAUGUCAGAUAAACUCACAGUGAUGGAGCUCCCUUCUCCCGAGUCUGAGGAAGUCCAUGAGCCCAGAUUAGGGGAGCUUUUGGGAAAUCCAGAAGGUCAGAGCCUGGGGAGUUCCCCCUGUCAGGACAGGGGCUGCAAGCAGGUGACAGUGACCCAUUGGAAGAUCCAAACAGGAGAGACAGCUCAAGUGUGUGCCAAGUCAGGAAGAAACCCUAUUCUGAACUCAGACCUUCUUCUGCUUCAGAGAGAGCUCAUAGAGGGGGAUGCCAAUCCUUGCGAUAUCUGUGGCAAAACCUUCACGUUUAAUUCCGACCUAGUUAGGCAUCGGAUUUCGCAUGCUGGGGAGAAACCUUACAGGUGCGAUCAGUGUGGGAAAGGCUUUGGCCAGAGCUCACACCUUAUGGAGCAUCAGAGAAUUCACACUGGAGAGAGACUCUACGUCUGUAACGUGUGUGGGAAAGACUUCAUUCACUAUGCAGGUCUCAUUGAGCAUCAGCACGUUCAUUCAGGAGACAAGCCCUUCAAAUGUGCACAGUGUGGGAAGGCGUUUGGUCACAGUUCAGACCUGAUUAGGCACCAGAGAGUUCACACCAGAGAGAGACCUUUCGAAUGCAAAGAGUGUGGAAAAGGCUUCAGUCAGAGCUCCUUACUUAUUCGUCAUCAGAGGAUUCACACGGGAGAAAGGCCCUAUGAGUGCAAUGAAUGUGGGAAAUCCUUCAUAAGGAGCUCGAGCCUCAUUCGCCACUAUCAGAUCCACACAGAAGUGAAACAGUAUGAAUGCAAAGAAUGUGGGAAGGCAUUCCGUCAUCGCUCAGACCUUAUCGAGCACCAGAGGAUCCACACCGGAGAGAGACCCUUUGAAUGCAAUGAGUGCGGGAAAGCCUUUAUUCGGAGCUCGAAGCUCAUUCAGCAUCAGAGGAUCCAUACUGGGGAGAGGCCUUACGUGUGCAACGAGUGUGGGAAGCGCUUCAGCCAGACGUCAAACUUCACCCAGCAUCAGAGAAUUCACACUGGAGAGAAACUCUAUGAAUGUAACGAGUGUGGGAAAGCUUUCUUUCUGAGUUCAUACCUUAUUCGACACCAGAAGAUCCACACUGGAGAGAGAGUGUAUGAAUGUAAGGAAUGCGGGAAAGCGUUUCUCCAGAAAGCCCAUCUCACUGAGCACCAGAAGAUCCACUCUGGGGACAGGCCCUUUGAAUGUAAAGACUGUGGGAAAGCCUUCAUCCAGAGCUCCAAGCUGCUUCUGCACCAGAUCAUUCACACUGGAGAAAAGCCCUAUGCCUGCAGUUAUUGUGGGAAAGGCUUUAUUCAGAGGUCAAACUUCCUUCAGCACCAGAAGAUUCAUACUGAAGAGAAGCUCUAUGAAUGUAGUCAGUAUGGGAGAGAUUUUAACUCAACUACAAACUUUAAAAAUAAUCAAAGUGUUCACCAAGAGGGACUCUCCUUGAGUAAGGCCCCCAUACAUUUGGGCGAGAGGUCUGUCGAUCAGGGGCAACACAUAGAUAACUUAUAAAAUAAUUAUUCUCCCGCCCAAUGAGUGAUGUUUGGAAAUGCGUGGAAUUAGGAUUCAUGUGGUUUCUAAGAUUUGGACAUGUCAGAAUUUUGUGAAUCAUGGAUGGAGCUGCUUUUGGAGUGGAUGCCACCUGCCACUGUGCAGCACUAGCAGGCUCACCCUUCUCCUCAGCUGUGAGCACUGUCCUCGGGAGAGUCACAGGACUUGACACCUGACUCUGAGCUGGAACAGUAGGGGCAGGGAGGAGACAGGUCUCAAGAAAAGGUUUUUUUAAAAUUUUAUCCACAGUUACAGUCCAUCCUUGAGUUAAAUCCUUUUUAGAGCAGAACUGUGUAUCUAAUCUUAUUACUUAGGAGAAUGUUACCUAGGAAAUUUUGAUCUAUGAAGUUGAAGAAAGAUAACUUGUAUACAAACCCCCGAGCCAUUUCCCUGUUGUCUGGAGGAGGAACUCCAGGUCCCCCAUCCUGGGCCCUAAGGCCUCCUGUGUCCUGGAGCCUCGCCUCCCACUGCCUGACUUCCUGCCACACAGUUAAUGCUGCAGCAACACCAACUGCUUCAUCUUCCCUGUGCUCCACGUGGCUUCCUACCUCUCUCGCCUUUGUUCUUGUUAAAGGGUCUCCUCAGCUAAUUAACUCCGAAUCAUGGUUCAAGACAUGCCUCACGCAUCAUGUCAAGGGAUGUUUCCCUCAGGCUUAGUUGGCAGCGCGUUCCACACUUCUGUGGCUCAGUGAUUACUGCUAUUACUGUAUUUACUUGCAUAUGUCAGAAUGACUUGGUAGACUAUCUCUGCUGUUAUACUCUGAGUUCCUAUGGACAGUGAUCAUAUCUGAUUGAUUUCCAUGUGUCCACUGUCUGUCACAAGGCAAUAAAAAAUACACCCCUAAAUCUAUGUGUGAUUGGCAUCUGUCUUGCUUUGUCCUUUCUAUACUGCCAUUCUAAAAAUUUUCAGCUGUUAGCUGUUUUUUUAAUUGUUUGUUCAUUUUGUAUCAGUAUAAUCUAUGACUCUGUUAGAAGUAUCUUCUCAGCCCUGCUACUGUCUGCUGCUCCUACUUAACUCAGAAGUUGCAGGCUAUUGCAAUAGCCUGUGCAUAUCCACGCCCUCCUGUGUGCCGCCUUACAGCUCAUGCAGAACUGUCCACUUGAUCUGGAGGGCAUUGACACCUGACUCAGCUGGAACAGUGGGGACAGGAGGAGGCAGGUCUCAAGAGAAGGCCUUCACUCACUUGUCUGUAUCUUUCUGUCUCACUGGAAAGGCACAGUCUCAAUGCACUACAUAGCUCUUCUGUUUUAGCAGUUCCAAGGUUGAACUGAGCUCUUGUCAUUUUCCAUGCUUUCUGGCUCAUUUUCUCAUUUACUUAAAAAUGUAUUGAUAUCUAUAAGGAAUAGUCCUAAAUGUUGGGAAAACAGAUGAGCAACCCACUACCCCGAAGUCCUCCACAGUGUAGUGGGGAAGACAGAUCACAGUACGAUGAGUCAAGUGUGUGCUCUCAGUUGUGAAGGAGCACAGGUGAGGGGGUGACUGAUGUGGCACAGAGCUGGGAAGGCACAGAAGAGUGACAUUUCAGCUGGGCCAGAGAGAUCAGUAGAGAUCAGCUAAAGAAAAUAGGAUCGGAGAGGGAAUCCCCGCAGAAACAUGGAGUCAUGACAGAUGGCUGUUUGGCUAGGACUGUUCAAAAGCAGGCGAGGUAAAUAGUGGACAGCCACGUCGCAAAACUGUUAGUCUUUGCCUCUGAAUUUCAUCUGAACAUGAACUCCAAAAUCCAGUUUUGUAACCAUAUAGUUUUUCUUUUUCUCAUGAGGCCAUAUUUUGAAUUCUUAAAUAACUACCAAUCCUGAAAGCCUCGGGACAAGUAAUUUAAAAAGAUGUACAUUUUCUGGAAAAUGAACACGACUAGAGAUGUUUCACGUGUAGAUUUUUCCAGACCAUUUGAAUCAAUGAUUCAAUUUUUAUAUAGUAAAACACCUAUUUUAAGUGUACAGGGUUUUGGAAAAUCCGUACACCUGUGUAACCAUCACCACCUGUGUAACCACCACCAACAGAACCAACAACAUUUCUGUCACCCAAAAAGUUCCCUUUUGCCUUUUCCUAGUUAAGCCCAGUCCAGCCCCAGGUAACCACUUUCUAUCCGUAUAGAUUAGUGUUGCUUGGUUUAGAGCCACAUACAAAUGGAUUCGUUUAGUACGUAUUCUUUUGUGUCUGAUGUCUUUCACUGUGGCAUGUUUCUAGACUCAACCCAGCUGUUUCGUGUUUCAGUAGUUCUUGCUGAAUAGUGUUCCAUUGUAUAGAUAAGCCGUCAUUUGUUUAUUCAUCCACGUAUUAAUGGGUUUCCAGUCUCUGCUCUUAAAACUAUGAGCAUUUGUGUAAAAGUAUGUAUUUGCACAUGUGUUUUUAUUUUGCUUGGGUAAGUACUUAGGACUUUAAUUGCUGUGUUGUAAGUGUCUUAGUCCAUUCAGGCUGCCAUAACAAAAUGCCACAAACUGGGAGGCUUGUAAACAACAGAAAUUUAUGUCUUACAGUUCUGGAGGCUGGGAAGUCCAAGAUGAGAGUGUCAACAUUUGAUGUUUAG